AUGGGCCAAUUCACCAGUUCACAUAGGAAGGAAAACAGGAACACUACAACUUCUUCUGUUUCUGAGGUGAGAUCCACAUUACUGAUUAUGUACGCUUCGGGGUUAACUCGUACUCGAUUCGCUGUAAUGCUAAGUUUCUCUCCUAUAGCGUUAAGAUUUCGGGCGUAG